CCUCUUUUUUCUAGGAGCCUUCAUUUGAGAUGCUUCCAUUGACUGGGAAAACAAUAAUAUUUGAUAGCUUUCCUGAUCCUUCAGAUACCUGGGAAAUAAUUGAGACUAUUGGCAAAGGAACAUAUGGAAAAGUUUUCAAGGUGUUAAAUAAGAAAAAUGGCAGCAAAGCAGCAGUCAAAAUUUUGGAUCCUGUUCACGAUAUUGAUGAAGAAAUUGAAGCUGAGUACAACAUUUUGAAAGCUCUCUCUGAUCAUCCCAAUGUAGUCAAAUUCUAUGGCAUGUACUAUAAGAAAGAUGUGAAAAAUGGAGACCAGCUUUGGCUAGUUCUUGAGGUUAGACUGACAUCAAAAGGUGCCAGCUCUUUGUGCAUUGAGCAUCAUUGAAAAUCUAGCUUCUGUUGUGUCUGCUGGGCAUUUGAAACUCCAUCUGUGAAACUUCUGGCCUGUAAAGAAUAGAUGCCAAACAGCCCGGAUAGAACAGACUGUGAGGAAAGAGUCAAGUGUUUAUAUUUUAACUUUUAUAUUUUGCAAUGAUUUAUUUUCUUAGUGUGAAAAACACAAGCCUACAUCUGGAGAGUAAGUAUUAUAUUUACUCUUGCGUGCCAAGCUGUACAUGUGCAAGUGGCAGUAUAGAGUGUGAGGAAUGGUCUUGGAUGCUUUCUGUCACUGGACAAUUAUGGAAAUCAAUAGAUUUCAGUUGGUGUGU